GUUACAGUCAUGCCUUUACUGACAUUGCACGGAUUAGAGACUGAUCACAACUCAGAUUAAGUGUUUGACAAGCAGUCUGAGAUUAGGCAUUUCAGAUAUUUCUUACACAUAGUAAAAAUAAUAAUAAUACAGUAGCAGGGGCAAGAUGCUUACAGCACAGUUUGGAGUGUUCUGGAUUGUUCUGUUGUGUUGCUGUUAUAAGAGUGAAGCCAAACUUCUUCUCAAGAACCGAACCUGCGUGGCACUGGCAGGAGAAGCAGUCAUCCACAGGCUUGAAAUCAUGCCAGAUAAUAGCACCGAGGGCAGGAUUAGGUGUUUUCAUAACAGCCAUCAAGUAUGGGAACAAUCCAUUGAUAAAGCUAACUCUUUAAUACGUAUGUCAGCAAAUAUCAUCAUGCAUAACAGCUCAUGCUCCGGAGAAUACUACUUCGAGUACAUGAAUGAGAAGCAAUACUGGGUUGUCCUUGUACGAGAGAGCGGUUUUCAGCCAAAUACUAUGAUGUUUGCCAUCCAUUUGCUGGUUGUCAUCAGCAUUCUGCUGCUUCUCAGCGUCAUUGGAUCAGUUUAUAUCUACAAGUGGUACAAGAAUCAUUCACCAUCUGAAGGAGAUGGAGAUAAAGUGAAAGCCAAAAAAAGAAAGAGGAAUACAGUUGCGACAGUAGAAGGAGCCAUGUCUGAAUCUGUGUACACGGCACUUCAACACAACACUGUCUCCGUUUAUGAUGUGCUGAAUGUGGACGAAGCCAAGACAGCAAGCACAGAGAGCCAAACGUCAAAGAAAAAGGUUUCCAAGACUUCCAAGCCAGUAGAGGAGGGGAUAUUCGAGUCUGUUUAUGAAAACCUGUGAUUAAAUACUAUUUGCACAUACAGAAGACAUAUUUUUAAAUGAUGUAUAAACUCUAUAAGUAUGCUAAUCUUUCACCUGUACAGUUGUCUAUUGCUUUUUGCAUAAACAAACAAAAAGUUGGCAAUAAAAAAAAAAUGUGUAAACUCUACAGA